AUGGAGUACGCCCACAUGUCGCACUAUUGCAGUUCUUAUGGUCUCUGUAGGAAGGCGUGGAGUACUGUUGUUCUCUCAUUUCAGGAUACCGCCCGGAACACAUUCAUUGGCACGGCAGUUGCUAGAACAGACCCGGGUGAGUACUGGGUGAGCAUCAUGAAAGAAGAGCCCAUGCCAGAAGCAAUUGAAGGCCUCCUCCAUGUGAUCAACCCUCCAUCAGAUCGACCUCACCUCACUUCUCUCCCCGAGAAGAAGGAGGCUGACUGCCACGGAGAUGACAAGCUAGAGGACCAUAAACGACUCAUAGGUGAUUUUGAGCCGAGGCCCGAUGUCACAGCUUACGGGAACGAUGCCAAGCUUCAACAGAAGAAAUUCACGGAGGAUAUUGAGCCGAGGCCUGAUGUCACGGCUUAUGGGAACGAUGCCAAGCUCCAACAGAAGAAGUUCGCAGAGGAUUUUGAGCCGAGGCCUGAUGUCACGGCUUAUGGGGAUGAUGCCAAGCUCCAACAGAAGAAGUUCGCAGAGGAUUUCGAGCCGAGGCCUGAUGUCACAGCUUAUGGGGACGAUGCUCAACUCAAGGGAAGAAGCCAUUCAUGA